AGUCAAUAGACACAACGGGGACGUGAUGUUUAACCUUCAGUGGGACGCAUGCACGGCACCAGGGCGGAGAGAAUCGGAGUGAUGGCUCGUGUAGCUUGCUGUUGGAUGAUCUUCGGGUGUUAGUGUGAUGAGAGGGAAAAGCCUUGUGGGACAUUAUUCUUCUGUUGGAGGCAAAUUCACACUCACGCUGCGAGAGAUGAGGAGGAGCAUCGGCUGGACGUUCCUGCUGCUGCUGGGCUGCAGGUUAUCAUGUGCCACGCAUGUGUCUCCGAGCACAUGCCCCUGCGAUGUGCAGCUGAAAACUGUCUGCGCACCCGGCAGAGAAGACGUGUUUGUGCCGUGCCCAAAUGUGACUGCAGACGAGAUUAGAUUCAAACUUUUCAAGGAGCAGGAACUGAUUUCCAACGUCACAUGCACGCGUGAAAACAACACGCUGACAUGCACGUUGCUGCACACCACGGUUGGUGUGAAGGUGGAGAACCAACGGCAGGGAUCGGUGGAUUUCGUCCUCACCGGAGUGACUGAGAGCAGCUAUGGAUCCUACAGAUGUGAGGGCCUCGUGAUGUUCCCUCCGCCCCUGAAAACAGUUCCCAGUGCUGUGCUGAAGCUUGUCAAAGGACACGCCUGCAGGUCCAAGAAAGACACCACUGUAGUAAGCAGUGACUCUGGUGAUAAUCCAAGCCAACCUCUUUUCUGGAUUUGGAUUGUGUUGGUUGCGUUUCUAAGCAUCUACAGCGGAACUGUCACCGUCAUCGCCAUCGUCAUCUGGGUCAGGAUGAGGAAAGAAGCUUCCCAGAGUGAUUACAUGAACACCAAACCAGGAGGAAUGAGGGACGGCAGGAGGAAAAGAGGGAUUCAGAAACCGAUCCCAAGGCACUUCUGAUCUCACACACGGCCUCGGACCAUUUUACCAACUAUGCCCUCUACUUAUGUAUAAAAAAGAAGGGACGUCCUUGUCGCUUGUUUGGAAAAGAACAUUAUUGUGAUGGGGUUUUCUUUAAGUGUAAAUCACGGUUGUUGUGUCUACACAUCGAGAACGCAGAAGUUCCCUUUGCAGCUGUAAAAAAACAAACAAUAAAUGAACUGUUUUGGUUUCGCUUG